UUUACGACUUUUUUAUGCUUGUCUUGCAUCGUACUUGUAUUCUCAGAGUAGACUUGCACUCGUACGUGAACUUCCGAACGAUAAAGUUUCUUAAACAUUUUGCUGUCUAUGCCACCAUUCAUUGAGAACUUGGUACGAAGAGAAGCGAUCGAAUGCAAUUCUACGAGCAACAAUUCUCUUUCUCUCUCGCUUUUUUCUCUCGUCUUUGCUGUCUGACCUGUCUCUUCUCACAGUAAAAAAAAAAAAAAAAAAACGGAUUGCUCUGUCUCUAAAAAUCUUCACUUGUGCGUGUUGACGCGAGGUGCGGCCGUGUAUGUACAUACAAAAAGUGUUUUCUCGAAACGUCCCUCUUUAUAUGUGUCUAUUUUAUUGUUCGUUCUAUCUUGUACGUACACCUUGCGUUUCGUUUCCGUGGGUACGUGGGCUCGAAUCCUGACAAACGACAUACCGCAAAACCUAGCCUCGGGGGACUUGAUAAUCGAUCCAUACGUACGCGAAGAAAAAUAGAAACAAAUUUAAGAAUAGACGCAGGACUUUCACUAGUCGAAACGUGAAAUUAUUCGUACGUUCGCACGGGCCUAGAUCAACCAAUCGGACACGUCGUGGCCGAUGAAACGAGUUCUCAGGUCCCUCGAGUCGUGUCACACACGUACACGCCUUUAACCCCUGGUACUUUUUUUUUUCUAUCCGAUUUUCUCGCGCGCUCGCACGCACGAUCGAUCUAUCCGCGGAACGGAACGAUUCGGCCGUGAACGUGCGACGAUCGGCAAUCGAUACUCGCGGCAGGGUAACGGGGACAAAUCCGUGGCAGGUGCUCUAGGCUACGAACAAGAAUUACUCGUCUACUAAGAUCGUCUGUCUCUUUUUUUCUGUUUCUGUUACUGCUCCCGCCUGCUCCUCGCCUUCAACUCUUCUCAACAACUGGAUGCCGUCUGCCUCCAACGUCCGCCCGCCACUCCGUCUCUCCGACGACCUACAUUAUCUAACAUCAAAAACAAAACAAAAAUAAACACGUUUGAUAAAAAAAAACAACAACAAAAAACAAAAAACAACAACAACGAAAAUUGGCAUCGCGUGAAAAACACGACUCGGACGAAUUUACCACGACUGGACCGAUCUCUAUGACUGGACCACCUCUGACACCGCUCGGCUCCUACACGCAACUCUUUCGACGCCUUUCGAAUCGGUCGCCGUACGCGUUCUCCCGGGUUCUCGAUACAUUUCAACAUCCUCGACUUCUUCCGAUUCGUUCCUCGCUCGAUUCACCGUCCCCAGGAGUGACCACGGUCCUCCUAGUUUCGGCGCGACCGGGUAAAUCCGUUCCCCCGGUCGGUCUACUGACGAAAACCGCGAGAACGUUCGUGCAGGACGGUGCCAGCACAGAGUUCGCUACCCAAGUCCUCGGCACCACUCUGGACAAUGGCCGUCUCUACGCCAGAAUAUUAUCCACGUCUAGCAGGGUGUUCUACGAAAAAGAACCUACCCCCGACCCGACGAGCCCCUACUUGGUUUACCCGUCCAGAGCGCCCGACGACGACUGGCAACUUAGAGUGGCUCUCGACAACGCGCCCAUCAAGGCGCUCAAAGAGAUCGAGUCCCCCAUGAUGGACGAGUCGAGAAAAACGUCCGACGAUCGCGACGACAACGAGAAGGCCUCGACGAAACUGGACGAAAUGUCCAGGGAAAACGACAUAUUCGGCAGAAGGGAGCUCGGCUCCGACUCUCAGAGAUUCAAGCCUGCCAAGGUCAGGCCCGCCGAUAACUUGCCCACAUUCACCGUGAAACACGAGUACGUCACCAGCACCUUGGACAACGUCGAAGACGAGCAGCCGAAGAGUUUCAGGCCGCGCGUGCCAAAGAUCUUCAAGCCACAACCGAAAGCUCCCGCGCCGAAGAAGUUCGAUGCGAAACCCUUGUCUACCGUGACGUAUCACGGGUUCGCCGAUUUUACCACCACCGUCGGUGAGACCGUCAUCGUUUUCUCUCCUAGCACAUCACCUGCUCCCGCCGGUCGUCCUGCAACCACGAUCAAAGGUGACGCGACUUUAAGACCAGACGAUGGGAUCGCCGUGAUGAAGGUCAGACCCACGAGCGUUGUCUCCGGUCAGGACAGGACUAACGGGCACACAGGACCUCGAGGAUGGUCGAGUCCUGAGAGCGAGACUGGCGAUCCUCUGUUGGACGCCAUCAACAGGGCCAAUAUUCAACCGAGCGUUACCGAAGAUUUCGAAACGGACUCGUCCAGCACGUCCACGGAGCCGUUGCUUCUGGUUCCUGACCCAGAGACUGGAUCCUUGAAACCUACAGGGCUCUUGAAAGUCCUGGACUCGACUACCUCCCUCGAUGGCACCACCACUCACUACAAGAGCAUGAUUUACGGCACCUACAUUGGCACGAAUUACGCGCAAAUCAUACACACGUCUUCGAACGUCUACUUCUUCCCCGACGAGGCCACCAGGACCUACGACGCUGAAGACACCACCGUGGAUUACGGAACCACCGCUGAAGAGGGUGAACAGGACACCACGUUCGAGACGACGACUGGCACGACCCCAAGAACGAUCGGAACGUCUCCAGAAGUAAAUGAACUCACGACUCCGAUCAGAGAUACUACCGACAGCGUGCUGACGACCCUGAAAGAUAUCUUGGAGAGCGCCAGAAGGGUCCUGGGAACCACCGAAUCGGCUGCGCCGACUCUGGACGACGAGAUCCCUAACGAUAUUUUGCCAGGAGAUCCUCAGGGACGCAGCAUCAAGGGUGGCAGCUCCAACAACGAUCUCGGUCACGAAAAUCGCAAGGAGCACGGGUUCGUCGAUAAAGAGAAGCCCACUCUCGCUACUAAACUCCUCCCGUCCACAGUGUACAAGACGUACACUUACUUCACGACCUUCUUUAUUCCCGAUGGCAUCGAUCAAACCACAACCUCCAUACGUUCCAGAGAAGUGGUCUCCUCGGAAGUCACGUACCUGUCGGAGUUGGUUCUGCCCAGUGCGACCGAUACUUCCGUUCGCCCUACGACGACUCCAGCCACUCCGAGCUUGCACAGUGCUGUGGAGGAGGAGCAGACCACGAAGCAAGACGAGGAAAUAGAGCUGAUCUUCAAGACUCUAUACACCACUUACACAUACCUGACGACCUUCUUCCAAGAGAACACGUCAAGCGUCUCCAGUCGAGAGGUGGUCGAGACGAACGUUAUCACCCAGACCGUUGGUCCGAACGGUGUAUCCGCAGUUGUUGCGGGACUCUUCGGAAAAGACGAGUCUACCUUGAUAACUCCGACGAAAACUUUGGCUAGCGCUCUUCCGUCUAUUGUCCCCCAAUCAGAAGUGGGUACCGAGAAGUAUCCUACGACUCUGGAACAGACGACAGAGGAUACUCUGACCACGUUGCAAGAGCAAGACACCACCACCGAUCAGAAUAUUCCCACAGAAUCGGGAACGACUACAGAAAAUUUCGAGGACACCAAGCAACCAACUCCAGAGAUCGAACCGAGUCCAACGCCGUCGUUGCCGACACAACAGCCAAGGGAACAGGUGAAAACGUAUUACACGACGUACACUUACUUCACCACCAUCUUCGUCGACGACGAGACGGAAAUCGAGACCAGAACCGAGGUGUUCACAAACGUUGUCACCGAGACCAUCGAACCUACCGCCGUGAUACCUGUCACACAGCAGACUCUGGAGCCGACGACUCCGAAGGCCGAACAGCCUCAACAACCAGCCGUUCCUCCGGAGAUCCUGGCAUAUCUGGAAGCCCUUCAAAGGCAGAAGUCUCAAGAAGAAGCGCUUCUGUUAGCGAAAAAGGUGCAGCAGCAGGCUACCACCGCGGAGGAAAACACGACCGAAGACAGGACAGAGCCAACAGAAUCCCUCACCACCGAAGAAAAUAGGGCGACCACUGAGAAUUUAUUCCGGGGUUUCGAAGUGAACGCUCAAGUAACACCAAAUCCUCCUGUCGAAGGGGAGGUGCUGGGAUCCAUGAUCACCGACGUAGUGUCCUCUACUAGUUCCGGAGGUGGCACGGUCUUGGACGCCAUGGACAAGAGAAACGCCGUCCCCGAAGAUCAAGAGUUGUCGGAGUCGAACCACCAUGACGUCGAACCAGCGCCUACUCUUCUUCUUCAGACGAGUUACACGACUUUCACGUACUUCACGACUAUGUACAAGGGCGAUGAGACGAACGUCGUCAGCCGCCUCGAGACCAUCACCAAUGUCGCGACGGAAACUAUCAGGCCGACGGCUGUAUUGCCCGCAGAGACGAGUACUCUUCCCGUAACGUACUUCACGACGUUCACCUACUGGACGACGUUCUACAAAGGUGGAGACACCGUCACGACGAGUCGCGAGGAGACUGUCAGCAACGUUGUGACACCAGGAGUCACGCCCACGCCUACCGUGGAGCUCGGAGUAAUCAUGACUUACAGACCGCAGACGCCAGGAGAGGAUAGUGUUCCGAGCGAGCAGGAAUCCAAGAUCACAGCCGAUAACGAGGUAACACCCUCGGAUGUAGUCCCAGUCGAAAGCUCUAGAACGGAAGUUGUCGAAACAACCGAUUCCAAAGACGUCGCGACGGACUCUGUCUCAUCGAGCGCCCUGGAGCCUUCUUCUACCGUCUCUCCCGAACCUACCACGUAUUACACCACGUACACCUACUUCACGACGUCUUACAUUGGUAACGAGACCAUAUUGAACAGCAGGCUGGAGACUGUCACCAGUGUUUCUGUUCCCGACGUUGUCGCAACGAAGCAAGUGGCGACUGGCAGAGCGAUCGGUGGUCCAGUGUUCCAACAGAGCCUGGCAACCGAAGAAAAGCCGGUGACGCCGUCGAAAGCUAGCGAGCAACCAAAGAUAGGAUUAAUUUCGACGAUUCGAUCGAGUCAGGUUCACGAUGGAACCACCACGCAUUACGCGACCGACGUACACGGGACUUACAUCGAUGGGCUGUACGCUCAAGUCGUCGAGAGUUCGACGAGAAUAGAGACGCCAGCUUUGCCUUCUUCUUCCAUUGCUACUCCAGUUCUUCCGACAGGCGUGUUGUCUUUAAACAAAGGCAGCGUGGUGGACGCUGACGAAGUCACGACCAUCUAUUUCACCACCAAACAGAUUGGCACCUUGUUCGACGGCUUGUACGCCAAAGUCAUCGAAAGUACAUCGAGCACGAAGAUCGACGAAGAGAGAAAAGCGACCAUUUCACCUACACCAGGACAUCGAACUGGUUUGGUAAGACUGAUACAGGGUCAAAUCGAGAACAACGGAACCACCACGUUCUACCAGUCUAAAGUAAUCGGUACCAGUAUCGAGGGCAGGUACGCCCAAAUCAUCGAGAGUACCUCGAGUUUCUCUUCCGCGACUCCAACGGUCAGUAUCGCGCCAUCGUCGACCUUGGCACCUACGAAAUCAACGGAAGUUCCAGAAAUCUCGCCCUCGCCGGCGGUGAUUCAAUCUUCUCUAUCGGAAGAUCCCACGACGGAGUCGCCCGAUCAGGACGAGGACUCCGAAGAGAACGAAGAGGACGACGAAGAGGACGAAGAUGGCAAGGAUGGACAGAGUUCCAAGAAAAAGUCGAGGCUGACGUUCUCCACGAAGAAAAGGUCGUUUACCCCUGCCAUUAGACCGUUUGCCUCCAGGAACAGGCCAACGUUCAAUCCGAAGCGCAAAGGAGCACAGGGUGCAACGACGAUCACCAGAACGGAUAUAACGCCCACUAUAACGGCGACCCUGGCCGGCAAGGGUAACAGGUUCGCUUCGUCCAGAGGUCGAAUCAGUUCACCAAUAGGUCCGUACUCCUCGACGCUCUCUCCGUCGGGUUCUAGGAGGUUUGCAGGAAGGAGAGGCUCUCCGAAUACCGCGAGCUCUUACGCGUCAACCGUGUCGGGAAGCACCAGAGGCAGAGCGCAGUCUAGGAUAUCCCCGUCGUCCGUGUUUCAAGGAAACAGACGAGGACCUACGUCCAUCAGAGGUUCUUCUGCGAGAGCUGCGAUUCGUGGAUCGAGCUCGACCUUCCCGGGAGCAUCCACCAGGUUCAGGUCGCCCAUUCGACCGUCGUCGACUCUGCUUCGAGGACAGACAACGGUCAGACACGACGACCAAGAGAACGACGCCAACGAGUACACCACCACUACCACUCUGUUAACGGAAGAGACAGCGUUUACGGAGGAUAUCGACGGCGGCGAAACCGUGACAGCACCUUUGCAAACGACUACCGAGUCCUCGAGGAGAUCUACGAAUCCUCUGUUGAGAUUCCGCAGACCGAUCAAUUUAAACAAUUCGGGGAGAACUACCAGCACGACCCCCAAAGCUCCGACCACUACGAGGAGAAACGGUAAUUUGAACAGGCCCAGUUCCCCGGUUGUCCCUAGAGUUACCAACACUCGAACCAAUGGAAGGGCAAACGUUCCGAUAUCGACCAGGCCGCGACAGGGCAAUACAAACCUGUUCCCUCCUCGAGGUCUAUACGGGAAGAAGCAAGAGCUACCCACCGAAGAGCAGAUAGAACCAAACGAGGAGCUGGAGAACGAGGGCGAAGAGAACCUCGAGGACGAUCCCGUGGAGGAAAUAACCGACAACGAUUACGAGGGAUCGGAACACGAGGACAGAACUACUACUAACGUGAAUCGCCGUUCUGGGAAAGCUAUCAGACCGUCCACGCAAAUCAGACCUUUCUCGAGAGGAAGAAGAUUUCGUCGACAAGCGAGUCAGUUGAGAUCGUAUUCGAGUCGCUUUCGUCGACCGAAUCAACCAGGCUCGCAGAAGGCCGAGGACAAAGCUGACGUAGUCGAGAAUACUCCGCCCAAGGAAGAGAACGGAAAGCCCGUUUCUAAACCGAUCGCUCGUUACAAUAAUCGCGCGAGAUCGUUGACGACGUCUCGACCACCGUCAAAGACUGCCAACAAUCCGGAAAAGACAUCCGCGGAGUCGACGGAGUUGAAUCAAAGCAAAGUCAGACCGAGGAGCAAGCAAUCCAACGGCGAUAGGGCAACUUCCUCGAGAAUAAAGCCAUCUCCCGCCUCUAAUAACGGCAGGCAAUUCACUCUGAGAGAAAAGGACGGGGCGUCGUCGAGCAGAUCGAACUACAAAAGACCCAAUGCUUCGGGGACUAGAAACAACGGCAGGACCGCGAGCAAUUCGGAUAGAGUGAGACCUCCGAGGUUGAAGAACGGUGCCAAUAAGUCGUCCGAAUCGACCAACUCGAACUCGAGGCGGGUACCUCCGUCUCGCGCACCUUCGAGAUCGACGGGUAGAAGCGGUAGUAGAAGAGGCUCGUCCUCGCGGUCGAGGGGAUCUAACGAGGAUAUUAGGGAAUCUCCCACCAUUUAUCCAGACUAUGACGGAACGAUCACGGUGACUCAUUACGUCCCAACCGAAGUGACGAUCCCCGUUGUAAAUAAUGGCGUCACGGAGCACCGAAAUAUAAUAACGGCUCAGGCUAGUACCGAGGUGUUAGCUCCCUCUCAGUAUAGCACCGUGACAGGUGGGGACGGCAGACCGCUAGUUGUAAUCGUUAGCGAAGUCACCGGUACUAACUUGCAAGGCCAAACCGAGGUCACCCGAUUCCUGCUUCACGAGACCCCCACCACUCGGGUCUCUCACACGCUGACCACCCUCGGUGGUCGCAGAGCCUCGCAAUCGGUGAUCGUACCCACGACCGUCUAUUCCGUAGAGAACGUGGUCUCCACGAUCCAACCGUCUCUAUCUGGAAACGCUCCCCUCGCGAACAUCCUGCUAUCGCAGCUGCUUCUCGGUCAGUUAGGUCAGGCGAAUCCGUUGCUGCAACCCCAGGGUACUCCGUCCACGCAGUACAACACGCGCACGACCUCUUACGUCACAACGAUCACGAAACAACAGAGUACCGUGAUCCCUCUUACCUUCCGGGGUAAGGAAAUCCUUACGACAUUGGUGGACAGUUCGACGGACGUCGUCACCGCGACGGAAUACGUCACGGACACGGUCGUCGUGACGCCAACGGCGGCUCUGCCCGCGGCCAAUCUCAACUCGUUGCUGCUGCUGCUUCAGCAACCCCAACAGCAGUCCAAGAAUUCCAACCCUCUGCUGGACCCUCUGUUCGCCGCGGCCCCGUUCACUCAGAGCAACACGCUACCAGGGGAGGUCGAGAGGAGGCAUCAGCCCGCUGACUCUGACUACAAGCAGGACAGCUACGAGUACUCGGACGAGGAGGACGUUCACGAGUACCACAAGUCGUCCAGACCGCGCAACAGUCACGGCAAGUCGAACGACAAGAAGGAUUCGAGUGCGCCCAAGGAGGAGUCCAGCGUGGUGACGCUUUACGUUUCUGGUCGCAGGCCAGGAGAGUUCAGCACCGUUCUGAGCACCGUGAAGGUGGGCGACAUGGUCAGCUCGUCUCGAAAACGAAGGGAUACCGCGGAUGACACCGUGGAGGUACGACCCUCCGUUCCGCCGUCUUUGCACGCGGGACCCGAAGAGAUCACGAUUUUGACAGGGAGCGAGGAUACAACGGACGCACACGCGCCGACACAGAGUCUCGAGAGCGUAGUGGGUGACGUCGGACGGCACAUUUCCACGACCAUCCGCACCUAACCCUCGACAGCAAACCCUCUUUCCGAUCGCUCCUUUUUCUCCCCUAACUGUCCUCUCAUUCUUAAUUAAGUCCAUCGCUAUUCGUUAAAUCCACCCGGACCGAAGCUGACGACCUUUCCGUAGUUUGAUUCCGUUAGUCGGUUAGACGGUUCUUCGACGGUGUUCGUUGUCGCGUUUUGCGGGGGGAGGUCAGCGACGACGAUCACGAUCGCGAGUUGCGCUGGCCGUGUAAUAUAGCGGAGUCCCCAUGGACCGCUCUCGACGAAGGUGACACUGUCUCUAUCUCUUUCUCCCUCUUUCUCUUUCCUCGUGGAAAAAAGAACCGUGGAAAGCUCGCAGCUUCGGUUGACCGAGAACCACAUGCUAUCUGGAUUCUCGGUGCCCAUACUUCAUCCUGUUCGCUCUCCCAGUCUUUCUUCUAUUUUCCUCCGAAUCUCCCCCUUCGAGCGUCGUCCCCGUACUUCCAUCUACUAACACAGCCUCGAAUCCGCCGCCGCACGCGCGCCCACACGACCAACAAAUCCAACGCAUGGUACUCCCUGUUUGUCGGACAACAUCGCAGUAAACACACCGCGCGAUGGGAAUAACCGCUACUAUGUGCACGAGAAACAAUGUAUGAUCGAAUAUUGGAUGGUUGUUUAACCCACCGGACGCUUAACACACGACGAGAAUCCCCUUCUACCUGGUUGCUCGGUCGCGUAGUAGUAACACGGAAGCAAGGAGGAUAAGCGCAUCCGCAAAAACAAGUCAGAACGUCGACUUUUCAGAUGAUAAUCCCGAC